AUGGCAAGAACCAAGCAGACCGCCCAUAAGUCCACCGGUGGUAAAGCCACAAGGAAGCAGCUUGCCACCAAGGCUGCCUGCAAGAGUGCCCCAACCACCGGUCAUCAUUACAGGCCUGGUACCAUAACUCUGAGGGAGAUUCAUCGUUAUCAGAAGUCUACCAAGUUGCUGAUCCGCAAGCUGCCCUUCCAGCGCCUGGUGAGAGAAAUUGCUCAGGAUUUCAAGAGUGAUCUCUGUUUCCAGAGCUCUGCCAUCAUGGCCUUGCAGUAGGUUAGCAAGGCAUACCUGGUCAGCUUGUUUGAGGAUACUAACUUCCUACUUGUGGUUACGAUGUCUGGAAGAGGAAAGGGGGGUAAGGGCCUUGGGAAAGGAGGUGCUAAGCGUCACCGUAAGGUUCUCCGCGACAACAUCCAGGGUAUCACUAAGCCCGCUAUCCGCCGUCUGGCUCGUCGUGGCGGCGUCAAGCGCAUCUCCGGUCUGAUCUACGAGGAGACUCGUGGUGUGCUGAAAGUGUUCCUGGAGAACGUUAUCAGGGACGCAGUUACUUACACCGAGCAUGCCAAGAGGAAGACGGUCACCGCCAUGGAUGUGGUUUAUGCUCUGAAACGCCAAGGACGUACUCUGUACGGCUUCGGAGGGUAAACGCUGAGUUACAACAGAACGAAACCAACGGCUCUUUUAAGAGCCACCCAUACAUUCAGUUAAAGAGCUGUUCCGUGCCUCUAUGGCCGCCUAUAAGCGCCUAGUGCCUCAACGCGCACAAAGGACAUUUUGUCCUAUGUUGAUGAGAGCCAUAACACGGUGUUAAACGUCUGCAUGUGUUAGGCUCCAAA